GUCUAUCGUAGCUUAUUUAACGGACAACGACCUGUCUAACAAGAUCUACGAUAAGUUGACGCGUUAUAUAGGGAAGACAAUAUAGCCAUGUGUCAGAAACCGAUUCUUAAUCUCAGUUUUAUUAUUAUCUACACAAAUUUGCAUUUUCUUUCGUCCUUCGGGUUUUUUUGGGGGGGGGUUUUUUUCUUAUAGCCCUUUGAGAGGCACAUUUCAGCUCCUUCGGCUUUCCAUAAUGGAUACUUAUCCUGUCGGCUAGUUCCUAACCUAACAGCGGGGAUAGUUCCCUGGACGCUUAGAUAGUGGGGUUGCCAUCGCCUUGUUCCGAAUGGGGUCAAUAUUCGACAAUUCCGAGAAAGGUCCUCCUGGAUCUCGUCCCAUCCUGAUCAAACCAACCCAAUGGCAGCAAUCGGUCCCUCGUCUAAAAUCGUCAUCGUUGGCUCCGGUGUCUUCGGCAUCUCGACGGCGCUAUGGUUGGCACGCUCCGGCUAUAAGGACGUGACCGUCCUAGACAUGCAAGAUACCGCCCGCAUGGCAUACGACCCGUCAUGCGUAGACUCGGCAUCGGCCGACCUAAACAAGAUCAUCCGUUUCAGCUACGGCUCGGAGAUUGAGUAUCAGAGGCUUGCUACCGAGGCUGCCAAGAUAUGGGACGAGUGGAAUCUCGAGAUCCUGACGGCACCGACCAAUGAGUUGCCAGAGCGCUUAAGACACGGCGACAGAAAGCUUUGGUGGAACGUAGGAAUGCUACGCAUGAGUUGCGAAUCAGAUUUGGGUGAUUUUGAGAUUACAACGCUAGAUAAUAUGGAACGCGAGGGGAUUCGGGAGUUCCAGUUCAGGACCGAUGAUGAUAGAGAUGUUACUCGGGCGAGGGAACGAGGCUGGGCACACAAGCUUGACCCCUGCCGUCGCCAAGAUAGGCUCGGAACUCACAAGGCAGUCCUGGACUCAACCGCUGGUUUCGUUUAUGCUUACAAGAGCUGUGCUUGGGCCCAGCAUCUAGCGAGGAAAGCCGGCGUCAAAAUGAUACUCGACCCCCAACGCGGAAAAGUUGUUGAUAUUACGACCAAGAGCGACCAGCCCGUAGUGCAUACCGCUGACGGUCUUCGAUAUACGGCCGACCUAGUCGUCGUUGCCGGUGGUGGGUGGACCCCGUCAUUGGUUCCAGAAGUUCAAGGAUUGUUAGAAACCACAGCCGGCUCAGUAGCCAACAUCAGCAUUCCGAAGGACCGCCCUGAGCUGUGGGAACGGUUCGCGCCGGAAAACCAACCGGUGAUCACUUGGGGUUCAUGGCAGGGCAAAGAAGUAUACAGCCUCCCUAGGGACGAAAACGGCACGUUCAAAAUUGGUUGGCGGAAAACAAAAUGGACGAACUUCGAAGAUGUCCGUGAGCAGCGUAUAUCAGUUCCUAGAACUGCCCACGUAACUGAGCGUAAAGAAACGCGACUUCCGAUCGAUGCUCUAAAUGGUAUCAAAGAAUACAUAUCGGUCAACUUCCCGGAGUUGGUCCCACUAGGGAUUACGUCCACCAGACUCUGCUGGUAUACCGACAGCAUUGACAAUUCAUUUGUUGUCGACUUCGUGCCCGGACGCCCUGGAGUUGCGGUCUGUUCCGGCGGUAGCGGUCACGGCUUCAAAUUCCUACCCAUCCUUGGACGCGAAGUCGUCAAGAUUCUCGAAGGCAGGGGAUCGCAGACGGUCUACGGUCACAUGUGGCGGUGGAGAAGCAGUAGCGAGCCCAUGAGGAACGGUCUAGAGGAAGGCGAACAAGGUCCAAGGGUACUAUCAAAGCAGACGAUGGCCACCAAGGCGGAUUGGACAUUUACAGGCCAAUGAUUUGCGAUAGUUAUGCCGCUUUCGAAUUAUUCAAGGUCUUUAAGAGGUGGCCUGGGCGUUCAAUAUACAUAUACUACCUAGGUAGAUAUAUAUAUAUAUGUAUAUAUAGUUAUAUGGAUAAACCAACCCAAUCCAGUGUCAAGCUAUUUUCUUCAUUAUGAGAUAUCUAUUAAGAGAUAUUGUCAAGUAAUUAAAUCAGUGCCCGUAAAGCUCUUUAUACAUAGGUAGAAAAGAAAAAAAGCAAUGACUAAAAUAACUAGAUGGAGGAGGACGACAAGAACCGACUCGGCCCAAUACCUCAUAUUCGUGUGAUAAACGCCUAGUUCCUACGUCGUCUUUGCCUUUCUUCAGUCCUCAUU